CCACAACUCCCCAACUUUUCACAAUGUCAGAUCGCUCCAAGUACUAUAUCUUGGGCGCUUUCCUGUUGGGGAUUGCUCUGACAAAUGUAUACAACAAAAAGAGGUUGAUAGAAGGAACGGAUGACGAAAGUCAAACUCUUGCACAGCAGCAAAAAUGGCUAUCGCAACUCGCAAAGGUCAAUGACUUGGAAACGCUGAAGAAGAGCCUACUGGAAUUCGGUGGUGGGCAAGGCGCAGUCAACAUCAAGGAAGGCAUUGAAGGAUGCAUAGGCGACACGCCCCUCAUCAAAAUCAAGUCACUUUCCGAGUUUACGGGAUGUGAAAUACUCGCAAAAGCUGAGUUCCUUAACGGAGCUGGCAAUAGUCCGAAAGAUAGGGUCGCUCUGAGCAUCAUCGAGAUGGCUGAAGAGAGGGGUCUUUUAAUCCCACACUCUGGUGACACCAUCUACGAAGGCACUGUGGGGAGCACUGGCAUAUCGUUAGCCGCCAUUUGUAGAGCAAGAGGCUACAAAGCACACAUCUGCAUGCCAAACGACAUGGCAAUCGAGAAGUCAGAUCUCCUCCUGAAGCUUGGUGCCGAAGUAGAAAGAGUGCGCCCAGCGCCUAUCGUGGAUCAGAAGCAAUUUGUCAACCUCGCACGAUCGCGAGCAGAAGAGCACACUGCAAGUCCCGACAAGUCAGGGAGAGGACUGUUUGCCGAUCAAUUCGAAACGGAAGCCAAUUGGCGCGCACACUUCACUGGCACGGGACCUGAGAUCUAUGAGCAAACUGGGCGUCGCGUGGAUGCCUUCGUCAGCGGCGCUGGCACUGGAGGAACCAUUUCUGGAGUAGCCUUAUUUCUGAAGUCCAAAUUACCCAAUAUCAGGGUCGUCCUUGCGGAUCCCCCUGGCAGCGGCUUGUUCAACCGUGUCAAGUACGGUGUUAUGUUCGACCCCAAAGAAAGAGAAGGAACCCGGCGGCGACACCAAGUGGACACCAUCGUUGAAGGGAUCGGCAUCAACAGAGUGACUCACAACUUUGAUGUUGGCAGAGAGCUGAUCGACGACGCCAUUAGAGUGAACGAUGACCAAGCAAUUUCCAUGGCGCGCUGGUUGGUUGAGCACGACGGUAUAUUUGUUGGAAGUUCUAGUGCUGUGAACUGCGUCGCUGCCACGAAACUUGCAAAGACACUUGGCCCUGGACAUCGCAUCGUCACCAUUCUAUGCGACAGUGGCGCAAGGCACUUGAGCAAGUUCUGGAAAAGUACCGAGCCAGUUGGUGGCGCAGAGAACGAUGUGUCUCUUCAAGCCAUUAUCGAUGCUUGAGACACUAUCUCGCUAGUGCUAUCUGCCUUCAGAUACUUUACGCAUCCGAAGACCUUCGAUUCGAUUGACAGAACCACAGCUUUGGAAAACGAAGAAUUUUGACAAAUUCGCCGUUGAUCGUAUCCGAAACCGAGCUGUACAGCAGCGUUCAGACCAUGAAAGAUUUGCCAACGCAUCACAAUAUCAGCCAACACGCCACCACAUCCUCAACAAGGGUGAUCAGCCCCUCGCCUUCAACAGCUACUAUCAUCGCCACUAUGGAAUGCGCGACAUUGUGCGGCAACAACCUUCAACCACCCACGCGG